UUGCCUUUCUACUUCUUGUGUGCUUUUUUUGCUCUUCAGAUUAUUGCAUUAAAUUUCUAGCCUUCUUCCCAUUUCCACAUCUAAAAUCUACUCGAGAACGUGCAGCUGGGGGAACGCGUCGAAGACGAACCGACCAUACACAGCACCUUUCCAACACCCCUUCCCCUCUUUAGACAAGAGGCAGACUAUAUUAACCGCCCGGCAGAGGUCUAUACCGCUUGAAAAUGACGACGCUCAAGGCAGGAUAUAUUUCCCUAAAGGAAUCGUGGAUGUGGUCCAAGCGAUGGGCCAUACUGACAAAUGACACACUCACCUUCCACAAGAACAAGAACGUCAGUCAAGCCACUGCGCUCAUUUUUCUCAAAGAAGUAAACGGCGUGAGUCGUUCGGACAUGAAGACGUACUGCAUUGAGAUAAAAACCAAGGAGAGGGUGUAUUUCAUCCAGUGCACGAGCGACGACGACCUGUACUCGUGGAUGGACGCGGUUUACGAGCACUGUCCGCUGCUGAGCGACGUAUCGCCGCCGACAGACUUCCACCACCAGAUCCACGUGGACUUUGACCCAGUGUCGGGAAUGUUUAUUGGGCUGCCCGACAAGUGGGCAAAGCUGCUGCAGACAUCAAACAUCACUCAGCAGGACUAUGCUCAGAAUCCGCAGGCGGUGCUAGAUGUGCUCGAGUUCUAUACAAAGAACACCGCCGAGGGACAGGCAGCUGUGCAGGCCGCAGCGGCAAACAAGAUGGCUGGGCUGGUGCCCACGACAUCGUCGGCGUCGUCGUCACCAUUGCUGUACUCGCGCCAGAGCGUCACUGGCCAGUCGCUGCAGCAGGCGUCGUCACAGCAGAACGCGACGAGCCGGUCGCCGGUGGACCACAAGACGGGGGUGUUUCUGCCCGAGAAGCGUGCGCCGCCGCCCAAGCCGGCUCCCCCACCAGCCAAUGUCAAGCUGCCGUCGACGAAGCCGCUGGUGGUGGAAGAGGCACAGAUCCGUGCUCAGCAGCAGAUAAUGAAUGGGGCUCUGGGCAAAACGAACCGGCAGUCAAUGACAAUCCCGCAGCUUGCGUUCCAGCAGCAGCAGCAGCAGCAGCAACAGCAGCAACAGCAGGCAAAGCCAGCACCAUCAACACGGAGUGUAGGCAGCGACGAAGUCGUGGAGUCGAUAGACAGCAGCCGGACGCUGACUACAAAGACACACUCAAAGGCAAAGGAGGAUGCGCUGGCCGCACUGACGAGCAAGAUGGAGGGGGCGACGCUCAAGCCGAAAAAGGAGACGCAGCGGCUGUCGACCAUGUCCGAGUCGCAGAUUAUGGCACGGCUGCGGUCGAUUGUAUCCCGGGACGACCCCAAGGUGCUGUACAGCAAGGUGCGCAAGAUUGGACAAGGCGCGUCGGGCAACGUGUAUAUGGCCAAGUCGAUUGUGACGGGCCAGAUGGUGGCGAUCAAGCAGAUGGAUCUGUCGAAGCAGCCGCGCAAGGAGCUGCUGGUCAACGAGAUCCUGGUGAUGAAGGAGUCGAUGCACCCGAACAUUGUCAACUACCUCGAGUCGUUCCUGCUCAACUCGAUGGAUCUGUGGGUGGUCAUGGAGUACAUGGAGGGCGGCGCGCUGACCGACGUCAUCGACAACAACAGGAUGAACGAGAGCCAGAUCGCCACCGUGUGCAUGGAGGUGUGCAAGGGGCUGAGCCAUCUGCACAAGCAAAACAUCAUCCACCGCGACAUCAAAUCCGACAACGUGCUUUUGGGCGUCGACGGCCAGGUCAAGAUCACCGAUUUUGGGUUCUGUGCCAAGCUGUCUGAGCAGCGGGCAAAGCGCGCUACCAUGGUGGGCACGCCGUACUGGAUGGCACCCGAAGUGGUCAAGCAGAAGCCAUACGGGCCCAAGGUGGACGUGUGGUCGCUAGGCAUCAUGGUGAUUGAGAUGAUUGAGAGCGAGCCGCCGUAUUUGGACGAGGAGCCGCUCAAGGCGCUGUACCUGAUUGCGACGAACGGAACGCCUGCGCUCAAGCACCCCGAGAUGCUGAGCCGCGAGCUCAAGGGAUUCCUGGCCGAGUGUCUGUGCGUCGACGUGCAGAGCCGCGCCACGAUCGAGGAGCUGCUGAAGCAGGAGUUUUUGGUCAACCAGGCGCGGUCAUUGAGCGUGCUGACACCACUGCUGGGCAAGAACUGAUGGCGGAGGGCGGAUACCUUAUCACACUACGUAACCUGCUAUUAUUUUUUCCACAUCUCUCCCUCGUCCAUCUCCACUCUUUCUCCCUCUUCUGCCUACCACACAUGCUUCUUCUUUUUACCCUUUCCUUUCCCUUUAACCAAACAUUUCCAGCAAAGCGCACUUGCCAAACAUUAUUUCCCUUCUAGUUCUAUACUUUUUUCUCGUUUAAAACAACCAAACCCUUGCCCAUUAAUCCGUUGGUACAUAUCCGAAAAAUUAAUAAACGCUGCGUUGUUGCU